GGUAAACCCGCGGAAGCUUUAGAGCUGAUGAACCGGGCAGAUCAAAUUCUGGGUCGGUUUAUCGAGAAGGGCUCGUUCAGGAGGGCCUGUUUGGAGACCCAACUGGAACAGGCUCUUCGUAUACACACGGACCUUUCUGACUGUGAUCGUCUUGUCAACUCGCUGUCUCUAUUCUGUCCCUGGGAGGCCACCCUCAGGUACGUUGGUGCUGUUUUUAUCCGGUUUGCACUCCUGGAUGCUAUUGUCUUCUUUCGUCUAUGA